UAUACAAUCAACGCUUAGGAAGUAUUUUUUACACGAUUGCGUUGAGUUUAUAAAUUUUAUCUGAUAAAGUAAGCAAAACUUUUUACAAAUCAAAUGCGUGUUCCUUUAUAGCUGGCAUUAUUAGUAUUGCGCAGCACGCUCAGAAGAUCAGUUUUAAAAAUUUAAUUAUCGUUAUCUGUUUUAAUCCAGAACAUUCCUUAUUUGCAAUUUAAAACUAGAUAUAAGUAAUUCGAAAGUAUCCAUUGACAUUCUCCAUUCAUAAAAAAUAAAAUAUUGCGAAGAAAUGUUUGCAGAUGAUAAAUAAAUUGAAUACUCCAGUUAUAUAUUCGACAAUUCAGUGAAAAAAUGUUAAAACGUGACAGAUUUAAGGUUGACAUGACAGCUAAAAAGGCAUGGUUGUUUAUAAAGGAUCUGACGAGAAAUAAGCCCCUUACACAGGUUGGUGGCAUUGGACCAUAUAAUGCGCAAAGUCUUACCAAUCAAGGCUUUACCAAU